AUGGGUAGUGCCUGUAUUCGUGAACGGUUGGAUAGAGCCCUCUGUUCCCAGCAGUGGAUUGAUCGGUUUCCUGAUACCUUGGUCAAACACUUCACGGAUCAAGGCUCGGAUCAUAGAGCUCUCCUCCUGUCUGAUAAACCUUAUAAUCGGAAUAGCCGCCCUCUCUUCCGCUUUGAUGCCCGUUGGGCAGAUAAUCCUGAGGUGCCGGCUAUGGUUACCUAUGUAUGGAAGGAGGAGAUCCAGGGCACCCCUAUGUUCCGCCUUUGGGAGCGCCUCAAGAAGCUUCGUCAUUUCCUGUAUGAUUGGAGCAGAGCAGGUACUACAAAUUCCCUGCGAAAUAUUCAUACCCUUCAGAGCGAAAUUGAUCAGGUCAAAUUGACCCAGCCUAUUGACUGGGAUACGAUCCGGGAGCUGGAGAUGGAAUUGAGUAGACAAUGGGAGGCGGAGGAAGUUUAUUGGCAACAGAAGUCCAGGGUCCACUGGUUAAAGAAAGGGGAUAAAAAUACGUCCUACUUCCAUACGGUAACUCGGACUCGGAGUAAAAGAAAUUUUGUGGCUGGCCUACGGAAUGACGAUGAUGCCUGGAUAACUGACGAAGUUGGAAAAGCGGGUAUUGCGACCUCCUUCUAUCAAAACCUCUUUACGACUAAAAAUCAGGUGGGGAAUAUGGCUGAGCGUGUGGCCUCGUUGCCGAUAGCUCGUAGUGUUACCCCAGAGAUGAAUGCCAGUCUUACGGCGGAAGUUCUCCCGACCGAGGUUCGUAAAACGGUGUUUGCUAUGGGGUCAAAGCAAGCGCCAGGGUCGGAUGGCUUCACUGGGAAAUUUUUUAAGGCCUUUUGGGACAUCGUGGGGGAGUCGGUUAUUUUGGCAGUUUGCUCCUUCUUUGCUACAAGCCGGAUGCUCCGUAGUUUUAACCAUACGUGGCUUACACUAAUCCCAAAGGUAGACAAUGUUGAAUCCAUGCGGCAGCUACGACCAAUAAGUUUGUGCCAGUUUGUUUAUAAAAUCAUUACAAAGAUUAUCUCUGAGGGGCAAAAUGCUUUCAUCCGGGAACGUCAAAUUGUUGAAAAUAUACUGCUGGGACAUGAGUUAAUGCAUUAUCUUAAAAUCAAGACUCGCGGCAAGAAAGGGUUCAUGGCUCUAAAGGUUGACAUGGAAAAGGCAUAUGAUAGAGUCGAGUGGCCCUUUCUCCUUGCGGUAUUGGAAAAGAUGGGCUUUAAUUCUACUUGA